UCAUCCCCAUGACCUAUGGUACAGUCCAGCUCGUGUAGUCGCGUAGGAAGUGCUCUCUGCUCUGUGCUGCAUUGUGAAAGCUGGAAGUUAAAGAAAGAGAUGAUGAAGUUCACUACAUUUCGGUGUAUUUUGCUGCCAUUCUUUGUUUUUUGCUCACUUUUUGCAUGCAUACAUGCUGAAGAAUGUAGGACGCGAAUGUAUCCUCCUAAGGGGCCAACGUUUAGAAGUAAUGUUACUUGGUACACGCUGAACCUUAACUUACCCCCUCACCAGAGAUGGACUCAUGUGAUUAAGGAGAAAAAAGCUGAAUUGGCGGCAAUGAUACAGGCCAUAAAAGAUUUAGCCAAUAGUUUCUUCCAUGGAAAAUUAAUUGAUUUAGUGGAUACAGAAUUGCCUUUGAUUGUGGACACACUCCCGUACCCUUUUAACGAGGAAAUUAAAGGGAUCGCUUCCGUCUCUGGUGUCCCUUUAGGUGAAGUUGUGCUGUUUAAUAUCUUCUAUGAAGUUUUCACAGUGUGCACAUCACUGGUGACCGAGGACUUAAAUGGAAAUAUAUACCAUGCUCGGAAUCUGGACUUUGGAUUGUUCAUGGGUUGGGACAUGAAAAACCAAACUUGGACAAUAACUGAGAAGCUGAAGCCGCUUGUGGUGAACAUUGACUUUAGGCGAAACAACAAAACAGUUUUCAGAUCAACCAGCUUUGCAGGAUAUGUGGGAAUGCUCACUGGUAUAAGACCUGGAGAAUUCACUCUAACCAUGAAUGAACGUUUCGAUGUUGAUGGAGGAUACAUAGGUAUCCUGGAAUGGAUUCUUGGAAAGAGAGAUGGAAUGUGGAUGAGCUUUCUGACAAGAAAAGUCCUGGAAAAUGCAACCAGUUAUGAAAAUGCCAAAAACCAGCUGGCUCUCACCAAGUUGCUUGCACCAGCUUACUUUAUUCUAGGUGGAAACCAGACAGGCCAGGGUUGUGUGAUAACCAGAACUAGAGUCAAUACACUGGAUGUCUGGGAGAUUAAUGUGAAACUUGGAAGAUGGUAUGUGCUUGAAACAAACUAUGACCACUGGGAAGACCCAUUCUUUUUGGAUGAUCGACGGACACCAGCUAUGAAAUGCAUGAAUAAAACAACACAAGCACACAUUUCAUUGCCAACUAUAUAUGAUGUAUUGUCAACAAAACCAGUUCUAAAUAAACUAACCACUUAUACUACACUGAUGGAAGUAUUAACUGGGAGACUCGAAUCUUACAUCAGGGACUGUCCAAGUCCGUGUACUCCCUGGUGAUUGACUUGGGACUGAACAUGCUGAUAAAGCUGUUACUGUGUCGGUGCGAGCUGUUUUUGAAGCAAAGCUGUCUAGAUCUCUUAAUAUAACAUUUUUAUUGUCUUUUCUAUGAGCACUUUCACUAGAUUGGGGAUAACACACUUUGAUGAUUAACCUAAGUAUACUUCUUUUUAUUCAUGUUAUAUAUACCUCUAAGUGUAGUUUUAUGAUUAAUUUAUGUAAUUUAUCUUUAAUAUUGUUUUAUUAUCCUUUUACUAAUAAAGUUGUUUUUUUUCUAA